AUGAAGGUCCAGUCGUUGCUCUGGACUCUUGCACUUUGCCUUGUCCUGGCGGUGUGCAACUCUGAUGCAACAAAUGAAACAAGGUCAGAAAGUUCAAUAGUGAACAGAGUGCGUCGCAAGAAGACAAAAUGCAAAGUCAUAGAUAGUCACUAUGUAUCAUCAUCUCCGCCACCAUCUCGUCCCAUCUCCAGGAUCCGUCUUGCUCUGACAGGUGACGACCGUUCUAUGCGAGUGUCAUGGUCCAGCCCUGCUCCGUGCAAAAAUCCCAAAGUCUGGAUCAGAAAAAUCGAAGCUAAAUCCAAGAAAACAAAGUUCACAGGAGUAAUAGAGCAGCCCUACGUGUUCAGAUACCGCAGAUACGUCUAUAGAAGUCAGUACUUUCACCACGCUCUGAUCACUGGGCUGGACCAUAAAGCAAGGUAUAUGUACCGUAUCAAAUGUGGCAGUAAAAAGUCAACCAAAUUACCAUUUACGUCACCUCCUCAACUGGGUAGCAGGUCACCAGUAAGACUUUUUGCAUUUGGUGAUCAUGGAACUGACAGAGAGGCCAGGAGAACCCUUGACGCAAUGGUUAAUGUAACCAGAUUUAAAGACUAUGACAUGGUGAUUCAUCUAGGAGAUAUUUCGUAUGCUAACGGUGAAGACACUGAGUACGAAUGGGAUGUAUGGGGAGACAUGGUCCAGCCUUUGACAUCACAAAUUCCAUACAUGGUCACACCAGGAAAUCAUGAAAUUGAUGAAGAUGACUCCGGAGGAGAAUUGGGUAUAGCGUACCGAAAACGUUUCUAUAUGCCCAUGACAUUCCGUGGAUCACGAAGUGAAUACUGGUAUUCAUGGGACUAUGGGCAGAUACAUUUUGUGUCUGUUUCCACCUCACAUUCUGACAACAGAAUACAACAACAGUGGAUUGCAAAUGACUUGAGGAAUGCUGCACGGAGGAGACACAUUACUCCAUGGAUUAUAGUUGUAGGCCACGAUCCACCGUAUUCACACAACACCUAUCACUACAGUCACGGAGAUCUGAGAGACUGGCUCGAUCCUCUCCUAGUGACCUACAAAGUUGACCUAGGACUUUGGGGACAUAAUCAUGGAUAUGAACGAACCUAUCCCAUUGCUGACUCUGAUGUUGUGCAACGAAACUAUCAAAAUGCUCAAGCACCAGUUCAUGUCAUCUGUGGAGCUGCUGGGAAAGAUCUGUAUGAUUGUUGGAAAGAUAAUUCUCGAUAUUCUGCAUUUCAAGAAGGCAGAACGUGGGGAUAUUGCACUGUAGAAGUGACCAGUGCUUCAAUGGCCAAAAUACAAUUUGUGAACAGUUUCAACGGAAGAAUUGUGGACACUUUUACACUCACAAAACGAAGAAAUUAGCUGUCUGUCAACUUAGCUUCCCUCCUCUUCUUUCUCUUUGCUCUCUCUCUCUCUCUCUCUCUCUCUCUCUCUCUCCUCCCUCCCUCCCUUCCUCCCUCCCUCCCUCUCUCUCUCACUAAGUGUUUGACAUUUAUCUCAUUAUGAUAUUAUGAUUACUGACUGGUUUGUCAAAGUUCAUUUGAAGUACUAUUUACAGAAAGAGUAUCAAAUAGCCAGCAAUAAGACAUGUUCUUUAUAACUCUUCUAUGUGCUUUACAAACUGAACUGAGUCAAUAUUACCACUGACUACUUGCUUGUCCCAA